AUGGAUCGUAGUUGGAUGUAUGGUAGACGUGACACAAAGGAUUUCAUGCAUGGGGUUUCGGAGUUCUGUAUGAGUGCUUUACAACAUCAAGCUAGUACGGGGGUCAAAGAGUUUUAUUGUCCUUGUGCCGAUUGUGAGAAUGUGAACACGGUCAAUAAUGUUUUGGUGAUUAGAGAUCAUGUAUUUAUGCGUGGGUUUAGACCAAAUUACCAUGUACGGGUUUAUCAUGGUGAGAGUGGAGUGUACGUAGGUAAUUCUAGUAAGAAUGUUGUGCAUGAACAAGAAGAAACUAUCUAUACGGAAGGGCAAGCCGAUUGUUUUGAGGAUGACGAUGACGUUGAAAAUAAUAUUGAUGAUGAUAAUGUUCAUGUCGAGGACAUGUUGCACGAGGUCGAGGAUGAAGUUCGCGAUCGUGUUUUUGAGUGCUUGUCUAAGGCGGCCGAAACGCCAUUGUAUCCUGGUCGUACAAAGUAUAGCAAGCUUUCCGCUGUUUGCACACUCUACAAUAUCAAGACAAGCGGAGGCUUGACUGACAUUAGUUUCACUGAGUUGUUGGUGGCGCUAAGUGAUAUGUUACCGGCUUGCAAUGAACUUCCCAGGUCGAACUAUUAUGCCAAGAAGCUCAUGUGUCCCUUUGGUUUAGAGUACAAGAAGAUACAUGCUUGUCCAAAUGAUUGUCUUCUAUAUCCUAAGCAGUAUGAGAAUUUGGAUAAGUGUCCACGGUGCGGAGUGUCGCGUUACAAACGCAAAGGGGUAAGCGAGGGUAAGAAUGUGUACCCAGCUAAGGUGUUGUGGUAUCUUCCCAUAAUACCGAGAUUCAAGCGCUUGUUUUCGAUAAAAAAAGAUGCAAGGAAUUUGAGGUGGCAUGCAAAUCCUGAUCGAAGGAAGAGAGAUGGUUUGCUUAGGCAUCCUGCUGAUUCUCCCCAGUGGAAGACUAUUGACAAGCUUCAUGACACUUUUGGUAAGGAACCUCGGAAUUUGAGGCUUGGGUUAUGUACGGAUGGGAUGAAUCCAUUUUGCACUCUUUGCUCCCAACAUAGUACAUGGCCAAUACUUUUAGUCAUAUAUAACUUACCUCCUUGGUUGUGUAUGAAACGCAAGUACAUCAUGUUGUCGCUUCUUAUAUCGGGGCCUAAACAACCGGGAAACGACAUAGAUGUAUACCUUGAACCUCUCGUUGAUGAUUUGAGAAAGAUGUGGGAUGAAGGGGUUUCCGUAUUUGAUGCACAUGCAAAUGAGACGUUUAGAUUGCGUGCAAUGCUUUUCUGCACCAUCAAUGACUUCCCUGCUUAUGGUAACUUAUCCGGCUACAAGAACAAAGGAAUGAAAGCAUGCCCGACUUGUGAAGAGGAUACACAAUCCAAAUAUAUUUCUGAAUGUCACAAAUAUGUGUUCUUGCGAAUGCGAAGGCUUCUUAGACGUGAUCAUCCCUAUCGUAAGAUGAAGACAACAUUCGAUGGAAAUGUUGAGAUGGAUGUCGCCCUUAGAGCGUUGAAUGGUAAGGAAGUUUAUGAGCGGGUCAAGGGUGUUGAAACGGUCUUCGGCAAGUCAGUGAAAGACAAGGGUACAACUGGAUUAUGGAAAAAAGAGUCUGUGUUCUGGAAACUUCCAUAUUGGAAAGAUCUACCGGUUAGGCAUUGUCUUGACGUCAUGCAUAUCGAGAAAAAUGUUUGUGAAGCAAUUCUUGGGACACUUAUGAAUAUUCCGGGCAAGACAAAGGAUACCAAGGGAGUGCGAGAAUACUUUAAAAUUAAUUGCGAAGAUGGGUAG